AUGGAUAAUCCACUUUCAUACGUCGCUUCUGUCUACGAAGCAUUUCACGAUGAACCUGAAAAAUUAGAUGAGUUUUUCAAGCUCGCGGAGGAUGCUACCGCUAAUAGAUUCGAUGAAGCUAGUGCCAUUGCAAUGACUGAACUCAUGAAAGGACAUCAGAAUUUGGUUCAGGGCUUAAGCGUCUUCUUUCCUAAUGCCAAUAUGACCAGCCCUCGUGAGGCUGCGCAAGUUAGAAUGCAUGAUGCAAUUAAUUUCUUAAAGAACCUUAAGGAAAGAUUCGAGAGCGUUAAUAGUCAUGUAUAUAACUCGGUUGUCAGGAUACUGAAAAAGUAUGAAAAUGGGAAGAUGUUGGAAAAGGAGAUGCGCAAGGAGGUCCUUGACCUUGUCUAUUAUCAUGAAGAUUUGACCGGGGAGUUUUGCAGGAUGUUUCCGCCUAAACCUUGA